AUGGGAAAAUCGCCAACCCCUGAUGGUGAACCGGGGGUGGACCCAGCCCCCCCACCUUAUUUCCCAUACGUCGACCCCCAACUGACUGCUGAAUCCGGCGACGCCUACACCAAUGGCCGUAUUGAUGUUCACCUGGAUUCCAAGCUCGCGAAAUCACUUGCUCAAAUCGCCGAUCAGCAGCAGGAAGGCCUUUCCUAUGCGCCUGAUUAUAUCGCGGCUCAAGCUGCACAGCCCGUUGCAUGCGACGUCAAGUUGAACAUCGUCAUCCAGAUCGUGGGCAGCCGCGGAGAUGUGCAGCCCUUUAUCGCACUAGGCAAUGCUCUGCAGAGCCAUGGUCAUCGGGUUCGCAUUGCCACCCACGACGUCUUCGAAGACUUUGUAAAGGAGUCAUUUUUGGAGUUUUUCCCCAUCGGCGGCGAUCCAGCACAGCUCAUGGCAUAUAUGGUCAAAAAUCCAGGCCUCAUCCCGCAGAUCAAAACAUUGCGAGAUGGAGAAAUCAAAAAGAAGCAGGUUAUGGUCGCAGAAAUGCUCCGCGGCUGCUGGAGAUCAUGUAUCGAAGACGAUCCUCUCACGCAGGAGCCAUUUGUUGCAGAUGCCAUUAUUGCCAAUCCACCGAGCUUUGCACAUAUUCAUUGUGCGCAAGCAUUGGGGGUCCCGGUUCAUCUCAUGUUCACUAUGCCUUGGAGUAGUACCAAGGCAUUUCCCCAUCCAUUGGCCAAUCUGCAUUCUGAGUCUAUGACAAACCCAGGGACAGCAAAUUGGGUUUCGUAUGGCAUAGUAGAGUGGCUAACGUGGCAAGGGUUGGGAGACGUGAUCAAUCGAUUUCGGUCCUCGAUAGACUUGGCCCCUGUUCCAAGGACAGAGGGGCCUUGUUUAGCCGAGGCGCUGGAAAUUCCUAUGACCUAUUGUUGGUCCCCUGCACUGGUUCCAAGGCCACAGGACUGGCCGGCUCAUAUCGAUGUGUGUGGAUUCUUCUUUUCGGAUCCACCCGAGUAUACGCCAUCUCCUGACUUGGCAGAGUUUUUACAAUCGGGCCCGCCUCCUGUAUACAUAGGCUUCGGGAGUAUUGUCGCUGAGGACCCACAGCAGCUGAUAGACACGGUGCUUACGGCAGUCUCAAGGGCUGGUGUACGGGCAAUUGUUUCAAAGGGCUGGAGCGAGCUGGCUGGGCCGGCAGAUGCAAAUGUUUUCUACAUUGGUGACUGUCCACAUGGGUGGCUCUUUCGGCAUGUCUCUGCCGUGGUUCACCACGGAGGGGCUGGAACCACAGCAUGUGGUCUCUUAAACGGGCGGCCAACCGCCAUCGUACCCUUUUUCGGCGAUCAACCCUUCUGGGGCGACAUGGUCGCGACCGCCGGUGCUGGCCCUAAUCCAAUUCCACAUGCCUCACUGAAUCCUCAAAAUUUGGCCGACGCAAUUCAGUUCUGCCUGACACCAGAGGCGGAAAUUGCCGCGCAGAAGAUUGCCACCAAAAUGAAAGCAGAGUCUGGCGUGACAGCAGCAGUGAACUCCUUCUACCGCAAUUUGCCUUUAGACCGGAUGAGAUGCAGUGUCAUCCCUGGCCAACCCGCUGCAUGGGUCUAUACGCAUGGCAAGCGGUCUCUGAUCGUGUCCAAGGCAGCGAUGAAUAUUUUGAUUGAGUACAAAAGGAUAGAUGCCAAGGACACGAAAUGCUAUGCGAUCAAUCCAAUCAUUAUUGAAAACCGUCGCUGGGAUCCUUUGACUGGUGUUCUCGCCGCCGCCACUUCCACCGGAUCGAACAUGUUACAGUCAACCGGCGAGAUGUUUUACAAUCCAUACAAGGAAUUCAAACGCAGUCGAACUGGGAGACUGUCCGAAGGGGGCUCGUCGAGCUCCCAAGCGUUCAUGAACAGCCCUCGCAGUGAUCAGAGUCAAAGUCCCUUCGAAACAGCGGGGAAUAUGGCUGGCGCGACACUGCAAGGUUUCGGUAAAUUCUCUGCUACUUAUUUGAGAGGUGUGAUAGUCGACAUUCCACACGCCGCGGCAGAGGGCUUUCGGAGAGCACCUCAGCUGUAUGGCGAGAAACCCAAGGACUAUGGGCAUGUUCAUGACUGGAAGUCUGGUGCGAUAGUAGGCGGCAAGAAUUUCGUCGGUGGUAUGACCAGUGGUGUAGCCGGCAUGUUCACACAUCCAUUGAAAGGGUUGAUGGAAGAAGGAUCAGCUGGUGCAGUUAAGGGACUUGCUAGGGGUGCCAUGGGGAUGGCUACAAAGAUGCCUUCCGCUGGCAUCGGUCUGAUGGCCUAUCCGUUCCAUGGCAUAUCAAAAAGCAUCGAAGCGGCAUUCCGAACGAAAACACCAAAGGCCAUCGUCAGCGCGCGCCUCAGAGAGGGGUAUGCUCUCACAGAAAUGAUGCAGCUGUCUCAAGCGGAAAGGGAUGAGGUGGUGCAAGUAUUUGAUGUACUCUUGUCCUCAAUGAGCACAUAG